AUGACAGAUGAAGAAAAAUAGAGAAAAGCUUAAGCAGCUCAAGAAAUAAUUUAGAAAGAAACAUGGCACAUGCCUCAUCCUAUAUGGACUGAAAAUGAAGUUAAAGAUGUUAAAAUUACUCAUCUAUAGCCUAGUACAAUUGGAGAUUCUUUUGCUAAUAUAUUUAUAUAAUCUUUAAGAUUAUCAUUUGAUAUUAUGAGUGGUUACAAACAAAUAUUCCCUUGGUAAGAUAAAACUAAACCUAUUUCAGAGAAAAAAUGGUUAAAUAGAAUGUUGUUUUUAGAAACAGUAGCUGGAGUUCCUGGUUUUGUAGCUGCUAUGCAUCGUCAUUUAACUUCUUUAAGAAACAUGUAAAGAGAUUAUGGAUGGAUACAUACGUUAUUAGAAGAGGCAGAAAAUGAAAGAAUGCAUUUGUUGACUUUUAUGAAAGUCUAAAAACCUUCUCCUUUAUUCAGAAUGGGAGUAGUUUUUGCACAAUUUGGAUACGUCGGUCUAUUUAGUAUUUUAUAUAUGUUUUUCCCUAAGGUUUGUCAUAGAGUAGUCGGAUAUUUAGAAGAAGAAGCAGUUAAAACUUACACACAUUGUAUUGAAGUUAUUAAUUAGGAAGGAUCCCCGAUUUCGCAUUGGAAAACUAUGGUCGCACCAUAGAUUUCCAGAAACUAUUGGUAUUUAUCUGACAAUGCAUCACUUUUAGAUGUAAUUUAUGCUAUUAGAAAAGAUGAAGAGCAUCAUAGGGAUGUAAACCACACAUUAGCUGAUAAAUAAAUUUUAGAUAAAAAUUAAUUUCCUCCAGGACAUUGA